UGCCAUUUUGAGCAGCAGCAGCAAGAGACCAUAGGAGACCAUGGAUUUUCUUCAUGAGUACCUUGAUGUGGUGUUGGUUCCAAGUGGGCUGCUAAUCAUGUUAUUCUACCACCUCUUCCUUCUGUACACAUACAGAAAAUACCCUGAAUACACAUCCAUGGGAUAUGAAAUCAAUGACAAAAAAGUUUGGGUUGAGAAAAUUUCGAAGGGUGAUAAUGAGGAUAUAGUCAGAAAAAAUGUUAGCAGAGGCCUUGGUGUGAUUGCCUCCAACACAAGUGCAACUAUGUCCUUAGCCACAAUCUCCUUGACUCUCUGCUCUCUCAUUGGAACUUGGAUGGCAAACUCCACAGACAACUUCUUCCCAAGAGAAAUUAUAUAUGGCAACACAAGCCCAUCAAUUAUUUCUAUCAAGUACAUAUGCCUGUUGUCAAGCUUUCUCUUUGCUUUCUCAUUCUUUGUUCAAUCAACCAGGCACUUUGUCCAUUCAAACUACCUACUAAGCACUCCAGAUCUAUCAGAUUUGGAAAAACAGGACAGAGAGAAAAAAGUGGAAAAUGCAGUUCAAAGGGGAAGUGAGUUUUGGUCACUUGGGCUCAGAGCACUGUAUUUUGCUCUCAACUUUCUGCUAUGGUUUUUUGGGCCUAUACCCAUGUUUGUUUCCUCCAUGAUCAUGGUGCUCAUCCUGUGUUGCCAUGACUUGAGGUCAGACACCAAAAAAGACUUGAAGUCAAAGUCAAACAAUCGAAAGGAUGGGUGAGAGAAUCUCUUUGUCAGCUGUGGCUAUAUUUUGUGAAGUGUAUAAUUGAUUUCUUGAGCAACAAGUUUGCAGAAUUGAAUCAGAUUGAUGAAUGCAAUUAUAUA